AUAGCACAACCCUAAUUUUUCAGCGACGCUUCUUUAAUCGAUCGACAGAAAAAAAAUUCUGCGCCCCUUCUUCCAUCAUCGAAAAAAAGGGGUGGGGGAGCAAAUCGCCGGAAAGGGAACAGAGCAGACGGAGGAGAAAAGGUCGCUGCCACUACCCCGCCCCACCAUAUUGUUCUGCCGCACAUACUCCUAUCAGAAAUGACUGAUCCCAGUAGACUUGAAUUUGACAUCUUGGACUUAGAAGGACUUGAGUACCACCGUUGGGUUUCUGAUGUAGAAAUGGCUUUCGUGGCUAAAGACUUCUCUGCCACACGUAAAGACCCCAGUGAAUUGAAAGAUGCACCAUAUGAAAAAGUGAAAGCAAAUGCUUUAAUGUUCCUAAGAACUGAAUGCGCAAUGGAAUGAAAUCCGUUUGCUAGACUAUAAACGGAUAAAUGACUUUGUCAAAGAUAUGUUGCGUCUUAAGGCACGUCUCAUCUUUUGUGGUAAGCCAAUCACCGAAGAUGACAUGAUUCAAAAGACUCUUGACACAUUUCCUACCUCAUCCAUGAUACUAGCGAACCAGUACAGGAUGGAGUAUGAAAACAAAAGAAUUACCACAUUCUACAAGUUGAUGAAUAUGCUGCAAUCAGCAGAAAAGCAUAAUGAAGUCCUUGUGAAUAA